UCUAGAAAUAAGAAGAAGCUCAAAGGUAAACAGCUGGACCGCGUUGCACAUGUUUCUUGGGAAAUAAAAUAGAGGAGAUGUACCAACUUGAACAGGACUUUCCAGGCAACGAUAUCGACGAUAUCGAGGAUCUGAUAUCUGCCGAAGAUGUCAAGCCGCAGGAACGUUACCAGAACAAGAAGAGUGUGACAGUGCGGGCCAAGAAGCGUGUGCAAAUCAAGCCAGAGACUGAAGUCGAAGAGAAGCCCACUCCCCGUCCCACCAUAUACGAGAGUGUUAUACCUGGAACUCAAAAGGUGUUUGUGAAGACAUGGGGAUGCGCCCACAACAAUUCCGACUCCGAGUACAUGGCCGGGCAGCUGGCCGCCUACGGCUACAAACUAAGCGGCAAAGAUGAAGCGGACCUCUGGCUGCUCAACAGCUGCACUGUGAAAAACCCCUCCGAGGAUACGUUUCGCAAUGAGAUCGAGUCGGGUAUGAGCAACGGCAAGCAUGUUGUGGUGGCCGGCUGCGUGCCCCAGGGAGCCCCAAAGUCCGACUAUCUACGUGGACUGUCCGUGAUCGGAGUGCAGCAGAUCGAUCGCGUUGUGGAGGUGGUGGAAGAGACCCUAAAGGGACACAGCGUACGGCUGCUGCAAAACAAGAAGGUCCAUGGUCGUCGGGUGGCCGGAGCGCCAUUAUCCCUACCGAAGGUGCGCAAGAAUCCACUCAUCGAGAUUAUAUCCAUAAACACGGGCUGUCUGAACCAGUGCACAUACUGCAAAACGAAACAUGCCCGAGGAGACUUGGCCAGCUAUCCACCCGAGGAGAUUGUGGAUCGAGCUCGACAGUCCUUUGAGGAAGGCUGUUGCGAGAUCUGGCUAACAUCCGAGGACACUGGCGCCUAUGGACGAGACAUAGGCAGCUCCCUGCCAGAGCUGCUCUGGCAAUUAGUCGAAGUCAUCCCAGAGCACUGUAUGCUGCGUGUGGGCAUGACGAAUCCCCCCUACAUUCUGGAGCAUCUGGAGGAGGUGGCCAAGGUACUGCAACAUCCACGCGUCUAUGCCUUUUUACAUGUUCCUGUUCAGAGCGGCAGUGACUCGGUGCUGGGCGAGAUGAAGCGCGAAUACUGUCGCAAAGAUUUCGAGCAUGUGGUGGACUUUCUUCGUGAACGUGUUCCUGGCGUCACCAUUGCCACUGAUAUCAUUUGCGGCUUUCCCACAGAGACCGAGGAAGAUUUCGAGGAGACGAUGACGCUGUGCGGCAAAUACCGCUUCCCCAGCCUGUUCAUCAAUCAGUUCUUUCCCCGGCCUGGCACACCGGCGGCCAAAAUGGAGCGCAUACCCGCCAAUCAGGUGAAGAAGCGCACCAAGCGACUCACGGAUCUCUUCUAUAGCUACGAGCCAUAUGCACAGCGAGUGGGCGAAAUGUACACGGUUCUGGUCACGGAAAUCUCUCACGACAAGCGCCACUAUGUGGGGCACAACAAAAGCUACGAGCAGGUCCUGCUGCCCAUGCGGGACAAUCUGCUGGGCACUCGGGUGCAUGUCCGCAUUACCAGUGUCAGCAAGUUCAGCAUGGUGGGUGAGAUACUGGACGAUGAGCGGGACUGGACGCGUUGCGCACACAAGCAAGAAAAGGCUCCAAUGGACCCAACGAUUAUUACCAGGAGGAAUCGAGACAAGCUGAUCCAGCGCUAUGUGGGCAUUGCCCUGGUGGUGGGCAGUCUGGCUUUUCUACUGCAGCUGCUCAUCCGCUUUGUCUAGUUCUAGCUCUAGCUCUUGGUGGAGCAAUAAAAAUGCACCUUUCUUCCGAA